AUGGUGUCAAAUAGAGAGAUAAAGCAAAUCCUUGCAAAGACUGUGAACACCACCAUAACUGAUUGGUCAAUAAGGAUUGAUGAUGCUCUAUGGUCCUAUCGCACUACAUUUGAGACUCUUAUAGCAUUUGAAAGUUCAGCCUUGUACAAGGAAAAGAUGAAGAAGUACCUUGAUGAAAAGAUUAAAAGGCGUGAAUUUGUUGUGCGAGAUCUGGUGCUCUUAUUCAACUCAAGGUUGGGCUUGUUUCCUGGAAAGAUCAAGUCCAAGUGGACUGGGCCAUUCAACGUCACUCAAGUAUUUCAACAUGGGGCGGUUGAGCUCGAGAACAAGGAAGGAACGAGGUUCAAAGUGAACGGACAAAUGAUCAAAGUCUACUUGGGAAAGUUUGAGAGUGUGGACGAAGUGAUUGAGGCCUAUUAUCUUGAUGAAGUCUGA